GUAUCGAUCCUCUUCAGAGUUGACGUAGCCUACAGCUGAUGUGGGCCGGUCCCCUGCCUGUGGUGACGCUGACUCGCGUCGUACGAAGUUCUCGCGUGUUCUGCGCGCGGUGGCUUGUUUUCAUCAUUUCCCAGCUCAGCCGUCCACAGCAGAUUCUUCAGUCCGUGGGCGAGGAAGAAAGGUGCGCAUGUUGAAAAUGGACUGCGCACUUUCCUCGUGGGCUUUCGUAUCGACCGAUUUGAAAACAUCCUCUUCCUCAUGAUGUUCGACGCGGAUGUUGCAGCAAGGAGCGGUUUUGCCAGAGGAGCGCGGAGCCGUGCAUCGUGGUGGUUUUGCAUUUUUACGCAGCUAUCCAUCCUCUUCGUCCUCUAAUCAAACGGCGUCAUGUGCAGCUGAAAAGCACUUUAACGCUUCAGAUAAAAUGGCUUUGCCUGAAUGUAGCAGUCGACAGGAUUUGGACCAGCACUGGAGGCCAGCAUGCCCGGAUCGGAGGACGUUUUUAUAACUCUUGCGAAUCAUAUUUAUUAGAUUUUGGCACCUAACAAAUUUAAAGACGCGGCUAUGGGCGAAGAGAGCAGGCUGUCUCGGCAGAUAGAGAGUGUGGAGAGGAGCGCGGUGUUCCUCAGGCAGGAGCACCUCACUUUACUCCACGGCCUCCACCUGGAGAUCCUCUCCCUGCAGAAACGAUGCUCAGAGUUGACAAGUGAGCUGAAGGUGAAGCCUCCAGGCAGAAGCCAAAUAGAGUUACAGGAGGAAGAGGAGCUCCUGGAGGCCAGGUGUUGGCACGUGGAAAAACGUCUGGCCGAGCAGGGUUGCAUCUUAGGAGAGCUUCGGGAGGAGCUGAGUCACAAAGGGGCUUUGGUGGGAGCCCUCAGAGCCAAUCUCAAGGAAAAGGAGCGCCAUUUCCUGGAGGAGCUCAAGCGCCGCAGCCACUGUUCCACCAUCCUCAACACGGAGCUGCAGAAACAAACAGAGGCAGCAGCAUACCUCUCCUUCCAGCUGCAUGCUGCCAGGCAGAAACUGCACCACCAGCGGAUGCAGCAGAGGCAGGGACUUCUCGCCAGAGCCAACAGUCAGGGGGCCCAGUACGGUGCCGAGCAGAACUCUGUUUCUCCACAGAGGCCGUCAGGAACCUCCCCUUCCUCUCCCGUGGUUAAACCCAAGCGUAGGAGUGCUCGGUCCUCUUCGAGAAUGGAGCGUGCCCGGGAGUGCGUGCCCAUAGAGAAAGUGAUGGGCCCUGCAGAGCCCACAGCGAUGCCGGACCCUGCGCUCUUCCUCCACCCUCGAAGGCACAGGGCUCGCUCUAGGCACACCGUGGCACAAAGACAGCCUCCAUUGGGCCUGGAGAAAGAGGAUGAGGAGGAAGAAGAUGGGGAGGGGCCAGUGGAGCCCCAGGAUGAAGCUGCCAGACUGGUAUCUUCAGCCGCAGCGCCCCCUGCUGCUGAGACGAAGGCCGAUUAGUGACUACUGUGACCUGUGCUUUUAACUGCAGUUUGUUCACUGUAUGAUUAUCUUCUGUCAGGCUGUUAAUGCUGUUAACUGUUGUCCUGCACCUUGACUGAAUUGAUACUGAGACUGGUUUUAGCUAUUGAAUUAUACUACACUUAUCGUAGACACUUUUUUAAUAUGGACUUUGAUAUAUCCUUAAAUAACUUGCAAAACAAAACUCAAUAAGUGUCACUUUAAGUCAGUCUUAAAUGAAGUUAGAUAACUUACCUGUUUACACUGGUGUCACAUGCUCAAUAUACUGUGGGGCCUUUUUUCAAAGCAACCCCCUUUUUGAUUUAUGGUGAUGGUGAGUUUGACCAUGAUAGCAGCCAUUUUAGGUUUACUACAAGCCCUGUUGUGUGUCCCAACCCACUGUGACCUUUCAAGGUCAACCAUAAAUCAACCAUGUGACCAAAUGUUUGCGUGGGCCCCUGACUGAGUCACAGCUGAAAACAUCAGAAGUGGUGUGCACAUUACUUUUUUACUUUAACUUACUCUUAAAACAUCCAGUGUUGUGUUGAAAUCCCCCAUCAAGUUGUUUCUCCCCUAACUGGAACCCACCCUCCGCCCUAACCUCAACCGGUUAUCUCUGCAACAACUGAAAACUGAAGGUAUUAACUGCAGGUAAAUGUAGCAACAAUAAUUAAGCUUCAGUUAGCUUUCCCUUGUGCAAAUAAGCUAACCAUGGGUUAAAGUGACUAAAAACAAACUUAAAAAAUAGAUUUGACAAUUUGAACUCUACUAACUACACUCUUAUACCGCUCCUUGUUGUGUAUUACCGGUUAAUUAAUAUACUUUACUUGAGACCAUAGGUGCAUUGUAAAAAUAAAAACAAACAUUUUUAAACAUCCAAAAAGAGAAUGCACACCAUCAUACAUAUCCACAUCACAUUAUUGCUUACAUAACACACAUUUUUGCAAUUAUCUUAAGAAUACGUUGCAACUUAAUUUGUGGUAAAUAACGCAGCUGUUAAAGGGAAAUAACUCACUUGUUUUUUCUUCAAAUUGCAAUGUUUGUUCUUUUAUCAAUGCCUGUCUUAGGUGGAGGACAGACAUCAGAAGUGUUGGCCACAUGCAAACUUUGCGUCAUGGACUAAACAACACAAUAUUCGGCAUGUUUUACUAAAAGACCCGUGUGCUGCUAUUCCUCUGUAGUGACUGCUUGGUAUAAACAGGCCACAUGCAUAAGUUUGGACUCGUUGGACCAUGUGUUUCACUAUGGUGUGGUUUGUGUAGUAAACACACACACACACAAGUACUACUACUUCAACUAGUUUGCGUUUGAGGUUGUUGUGUUGGGGUUUCUUUUCACCUCAGGAAAAACGGACAAACAAGAACGUGGCUGGAAGUUUUGGUGUGUUUUCAACUGAAGCAUGAUCUGAUUGAUUUGGUUUAUGUGUGUUCCUUUUCCAUUUUACACAAAUUCCCAAAGUAGCUGUGUCAAAAUGCACAUCAAGACAGUGACUGUGUGCUCUAAAUGACCAAAAGGCGCCCGCAGCAGAAAGCCGUGUGUGUCCAAACACAUGCACAUGGUGACCCCUAGCGUAACGAUGAGCAAAUAGCAUCUUGAAAAAAAUAAAACAGUAAAAGAAAGAUUAAAUUAACACUUUACUUGACUAUAUUUUAAUGUAGGACACACUUUUUAUGUUAUUGCUUAUGUGUAUCAGUGCCGAUUAUGAAUUCACUGUUGUCCAUUUAGUUCCCGACUGUAAUUACUGCCUUAUAAUAGAGGAGCUGUGGAUUUAAGAAAUGCAGUGGGGAAACACAAGACUUUUCUUUACUAAGUAUUGUGUCCUUUAGUUUCAGAAACACUUUUAUACAACUGUUAUAAAGGUUUACUGUAUGUAAUGUGGCACCUCGGUUAUUUCUGAUUCAAAGUUGUGUCGCAGUCGGUCUGUACUUGAGCCAUGACGUAACUGAGCAUCAGUAACUGCAGGCAGUGUCUUUGAAAUGAGCCUUCCUGUAAGACUGAAUUUCAUUGAGUUUUAACUGCUGUGAGGCUUUUCUCACCUUCUACAGCUACUGGUUAGAAGUUUAGCAUUAAGUUUUUCGCAGUAUAUCUUCAAUAAAGCAAUAUAUCAAUAUAUUUAUAUAUUAUUAGUAGGUCACGUCAGCUGGUUUAAGGACACUUGAAGUGUUAAAAUAGAUUUUAUGAUUGUUUAACUUUGUAUUUUGUAAUUGUUGAGCUCAGUAUGUUUUGCUUAAUAUUUUUCUGAAUGAUCUAAUGGAUUCAUCUGACAAAGUUCUAUUGAUUGUCACUGAAUCUUUACAUGAUUAAUUGUUAUGUUACAGUUUAUAGGAGACAUAUCCAAGUGAGGAAUUGACGACUCAAGCAAAUGGGCAUAUUAUUAUGCCACACAAGACUGUCUGGAUGAAAACGAACUGAACCUUUUUUUGUUUGUUUUUAUAGCAAAAAUGCAAAUGUGACAAGGGUUUUCAUUCACCUCUCAGCUGGUAAGCCAUUAGCAUGACUGUGUGCACUAUUCUUCCUCAAGUUUUAUGAGACAGAAGGGGAUAAAAGUAAAAAGUUGUCUGGUUGAGAACUGUUUUUUUUUUCUUCCCCCCAACAGGAAUCCUGAACUUACACUGUUAGACUUCAUCUCUCCACAUGUCAUCCAAAUGAAGCGGCAGGUAGAUUAAACUCUCCAUCCACCUUUCAUAAUCAAGUUAACAUCCUGCAUACCACAUCGUAGCGUCAUCUCACAUUUUAGAUGAUAUAUACUUUGGUAUUAUGUAACAACUUGGAUAAAUAAUCAAAAUGCUGGUUGCUGUAUGCAGCUUUGUGUGCAGCUACAGAGACUGAUGACUUGUUUGUCUGCUUUGAGGGAAAACGCUAAUGAGCCAAAGAGGCCCGCCGCUAAAAUUAACAUGAAGACGAAUGGUGUGAUGCCUUAAUGAAGAAUCUUUUCAUGAAUAUUUCAACUGAGGAGAGUAAUCCUUCACCGCCUGAUGUGCUUUUUUUACUCUACAGAGCAUACCGCAGUAAAUCUCGCAUCACUCAAAACAUAGCAAAAAAGCAGAUCAUUUACGCAACACCCACAGAGAAUGUCUUCCAUCUUUCUAAUCGCCUAUAUAAUAACCCGAAUCAUCAUAAUACUGAUAACAAAUGUCAGCAGGAUCAUUGUCUUCAGGUCUUUGUGGUCAAUCCUGGUUGAGGUCAAAUAUGUUUAUUUUGCAUCUUAGAGAAACAUUUCAGUGGACUGUGUGUGGCACCAUAAAGCAUCUUCUUUGACAUGUUAUGUGGACUCUAGCAAUAAUGCUGUGUGGUACCCAACAUGGAGAUGUUGCUCUGGGUUGUUGUGUGGUUUGGUUCUCGGGUGAGAAGAAGCUUUUGACUGAUUACCGCAUAUACUGUGUUAGCUUCCUAUAGUGAUCUACUGUACACAUAAUUGGAAUAAAAUGAAGGAUUGUCUAGUC